AUGAUUCGUGUCGCCGAGCGUUUCGACACCAUCAACUUUGCAGCGUACCAGCGAUUCCAAGGACGAACCGGGCAGCACACCACUGCUGGACCUACCUACCGCACCAACGGUCCUACUCCCAUGGAGCUCGGUGUAUUCCGCUUCGUCAACCCACCCACCCCAACCUGCCCCAUCUCCAUCUUCCCAUAUCCCCCCUCUCCCUCCUCCUCGCAUAGCUCUCGUGCAGCAGCCAACACCACCCGGCUCUCCCGAAGUGAUCAACACACCUCCUCCUUCUCCACCCCACCCAACCCAGCAGCCACGCCGUCCCAUCAUCCGCCCCACCUCUGA